AUGGGCACAUUCAUAUUCUAUGCCAUUAAUAAGUCAGAGGAGUCCGACAGUCCAACCGGCCUGUCACUGUGCUACAGCAGAGACACCUCCAACCCAGCCCGGCCGGGGGAGGAGACAGACGCCGCGGCGCUGAAUUUAGUUCCUCUACAGCCGCCGUUGGGGUGCGUGCCCCGUUCGCGUCACGUGACCGAGGCUUACGCUGGAAAAGGAAAUCCGAAGCAGCGGGAUCCUGGGGCCGGGCGGACUUCGGGCAGGAUGGAGACGACCUUGGAGCAGCACUUGGAGGACACAAUGAAGAAUCCUUCUAUUGUUGGAGUCUUGUGCACAGAUUCACAAGGACUUAAUCUGGGUUGUCGUGGUACCCUCUCGGAUGAGCAUGCUGGAGUAAUAUCUGUUCUAGCCCAGCAAGCAGCUAAGCUAACUUCUGACCCCACUGAUAUUCCUGUGGUGUGUUUAGAAUCAGAUAAUGGGAACAUUAUGAUCCAGAAACAUGAUGGCAUCACAGUGGCAGUGCACAAGAUGGCCUCUUGACAUCUCAUGUCAGUUCUCUAGCAGCCUGUCAUAGGGAGUCAGUCCUACCUGUGCUAAUUAAUGUUAAAUUAUUGAAGUUCUAAAAGUUGGGCCAUUCAUUUAAUGUAUAAUGAGCACUUUUCUAUUUAUAGUAUAACCAGCUAUUAAGAUACUAGAAAGGAUCAUAGUUGUUUGUCAUUUUGCCUUUUUGAGAUCAUCUUGCUUUGCAGCCCAGCAUUGCCUAGAACUAUACAACCCAGGCUGACCUCAAAUUUGUGGUCUUCCUGCCUCAUACUCGUGGGUGCUGGGAUUACAAGUGUUUAUAUAGAACUUGAUUGUGAUCAAUAAAUCUGUUCAGAGGAAAGUUUAGCUCUUUUUCUAGAUUCUGUAGCUCUUAAAGCUCAUUUUUUCUUUUUCUCAGUUAUUAAAUUGUAAAUUGUUUUUCUCAAAA